GAGCCAACGAGUCGACUUCGCCUAUAUCGCUCCUCUCCCGAAACCCUCGCCUACCCGCUACCCCGAAACCCUCGCAUGUACCCCCCAACCCUCUGCUUUUCGUCCAAAACCGUCCCCUUCGCCACCGAACCCUCGCGAUACAGUCGCAAUUGGAGCUACCUGGGAACGCAACGACGGGAUCGCGGCUUACAGAGACCCGAAACUCCCUUUUGUUUCCUCCUGUUCGUCUCCUACCCGAAACCUUUGAGGAAGCAGCAAAUCUUUAGACCCUUGAUAUACUACUAGGACUUCAAUAUGUCGAACGCGGAAGACAAAACACAAGCUGCAGCAGCAUUAUUUGCAGCCAAGGGCAUGAGCCGUGCCCAAGCUGAGCGUGCCGCCGCCGCUCAGGCGCGAAAUGUGAAUGCUUAUGGACAGAAGGAAGAAGGGCCUAGCAGAUGGCAGGAGCGAAAAGAAGCAAAGCGGCAAAUGUACUUGAUGAGCACUGAGAAAGCUGUGAGAUUGGGCGAAAGGAAGGAUAUAAAGUCCUCAGUUUCUUCUGUUGGUGGAGCUUCUGCUCAGUGCCAGAAAUGCUUCCAGUUCGGUCAUUGGACUUACGAAUGUAAAAAUGAGCGCGUCUAUAUGUCUCGCCCUUCAAGAACUCAACAGCUUAAGAACCCAAAGUUAAAGAUGAAACUUACCGUUUCCUAUGAGUUAGAUGGUCCUGACAUUGCAAAGGAAGAGAAGGAUAAGAAAAGCCAGCAGAAGGAGAAGGGUGAACCUGGCGGUGCAAAAAGCAAAAGGAAGCAUAGAACUCGUUCUGAUUCAGAUGAGGAUCAUAGUGAGGCUUCUGUUUUUGACACAGAUGGCGAGUCUUCGGUAACUGAGUCAGAUUCUUCUGAUGAGAGCAGUUCGAGUUACACUUCAUCAGAUUCGGACGAGGAGAGGAGGAGACGGAGGAGGAAACGGAAACAAAAGAAGAGGAGGCAUCGAAGAUAUAGCUCUUACUCCGAUUCGUCCGAUUCGGAAUCUGCUUCUGAUAGCGAUUCGGAUGACAAGGGCAGUCGAAGGAAGUCCAAAAGGCACAGCAAGAGGCAUUAGUCAAAACUUUGAUAGUUUAAUAUUAUGUCAAUGGUAUGCUUUUUAAUCAGAUUUGAACAUGUUAAUGCUUUCAUGUACUGCAUAGUUUCCUGUCUGCAACUUCAAACUUAGACCUAAUUUUAUGCUAUGAAAGAUCAGCUUAACGUAUUUGGGCAGUAAUGGCUGGUCUGAUGUUUAGUUUUGGAUGGAUUUUCGG